CGAUCACGUGAUCGCUCAGACGUGCUUCUACGAUCAUGGCUCGCGAACACACAACAAACAGCGCCUCUCUCCGCCCACACCAUUAAACUAGUGCAUUCGCCGCGCAUACAUCUGAGUCGGAAGACUUGUUUUAUUCACAUAAUUGUGCGCGGGAUUUACAGAGGAAGAGGAGUGCACAGCUAACGCUGCUAGCCGCUUUAUUCAUAAAUGAUUUUCCACAUCUGAGAGGAGGGGGAUCCAAAGCCGAAGCCGUCAAAAAAUAAUAAAUCGAGACUUUUGGAUGCAUUCAAUUAACAGCAGCGUUUCAUUUCAUAGUCGCCUUAUCUCAGGACUUCUGUUUUCCGGAGACAACAGCCAGAAGCUAUCGAGGAAUUACAUGGAUUAUCUGUGUUUCAGGACAUUGUGCUGUAAAGGACCUCCCCCUCCCAGACCAGAAUAUGACGUGGUUUGCAUUGGUCUGAUGGGUUCUGGGAAGACCAGCCUGCUCUCCAGACUUUGCAGUGAGGCAACAGACAACAUCGUCCCUACCACAGGUUUUAGCAUUAAAGCUGUCCCGUUCCAGAAUGCCAUUUUAAAUGUCAAGGAACUCGGAGGAGCGGACUCAAUUAAAAAGUACUGGAGCCGGUACUACCAGGGCUCUCAGGGAGUGGUGUUUAUUUUGGACAGUGCUUCGUCGGAGGAGGACUUGGAGGUGGCGCGUACGGAGCUCCACUCGGCCCUGCAGCAUCCGCAGCUCUGCACGCUUCCCUUCCUCAUUCUGGCCAACCACCAGGACAAACCUGCUGCCCGCUCUGUACAAGAGAUAAAGAAAUACUUUGAGCUGGAACCUCUGGCACGAGGCAAGAGCUGGAUUCUGGAGGGCAGCACGGUGGACAACAUGGACGUGGUGAAGGAGAGUUUCGGUCAGCUCAUUCAUCUGCUUGAGGAGAAGGACCACGAGAUAGGCAGGAUAUGAUUCGGAGAUGACAUCCCAGCAUCCCUCAGACACUACCGAUCGCCAACUCACCACAGGCCAGCACAUCCCGGUUCAGCCUGGCCGUCUUGUAAACUACAUUGUUACUUUAACUCUGUUACUGUGGUGAAACAAUUUGAGCCAUGGGAAAAAAUGGACUAUGGUAAAUCCUAAUGUAAGGACGCAUAUCUGCAGAAAAAGAAGGUACCUCAACCCUUAAGUUUGAUACCUUCUCGUAAACCACACAUAUUAACCCAGAACAAGCGUUCAGCACGCGAUCACCAUUCUCAGUAAAAUGGUUGUAUCUGUCCUUUUUAGUACAGACCUAGUCGCACAUUGCUACUAAAUAGAUGAUGUAAUCAUAUGCUUGGUCGCGUAGGGCAACUGGGAGUCAUGUAGUCCCUAGUUUGUUUUCUUAGCACAUCGUGCGAGUGAUUGCGUGAAUGAUUGUUUGCAUGCGUGCGCGUGCGCGCGCGCGUGAGAGAGAGAGAUGCCAGUUUGUACUUAAAAGCCUUAAAGUGAGCACUAAUGUAUUUUUAAAACAAAUGUUUCAUUGUGUUUUCACAAACGACAGUCUUUAGAUGUAAUUCAAAUAAGCCGUCUUAAAUAUUUGUGGCUGUGAAUCGAAAUGAAGUGGAAUUAUGAGUCGUAAAAAAAUAAAAUAAAAUGUAAUAUCUCUACACUGCAUGGAGCCGCACUUGAUGUACCACUGGAGCUUUAGAGUGACCUAUAAACGCACAUUUUAAAAUUUGGGAUCAUUGAGGACACAGAUGUUUUCAUAACUUGGUCUAGUAUUAUUUCUCAGCUGAUCAUAUCCAGGAUUUUGCUCAUCUUUCUCUUUAUCUUGGAUGGUAAUGGCUGACAAAGCCCUACUGAAAAAUAUAACACCGAAAGACAUUGAAACCCCAAUCAGCCCCUCUAGGUGAACUGUGACACAGCCGUGUAUGCGUGAUGUAUUUACUAUGUGCUUGUUUGGAUAUCACGUUCUUUGUUUUUGAAUUUUUUUGUAUUUCUGUUGGCCCUGAAUGUAACACACUCUCUUUGCAUAAUCACACCUCCUCUAGUCUACAUGUUGUCCCAUUUAGAUGAGUUUCUAGAUGCGUGAAUGGAGGAGGAAGCUAAUGCAAGAGCCCAGUCUCGAUGUGCCACAUCAGCCACACUUCCAAAAACAAGCAUCAUUUGACAAACACCUUGAAUGCAUAAUCGUCAUCAGACUCGGGCAACAUAUUGGGUUUUAUUUAUAUCUAUCUACUACAAUUUUAUACCCUCCAAACCAGUUCAGCUGCCUUUUUGUAAUUCAAAUAUUUGUACAUUUGUUACAGAUUAGUCUCUGGAAAGACAUGUGCCUGUCUUUGUACUGGACUUUUAGCUGUUUACCAAGGUGGCAUCAAGUCAUUCACAUGUUUGACAGUGUUUAUGUGUAUUUAUGCAUAAUUUCCACUGAGCAACAUGGAAAAUAAAGGCUGAAGA